CUGCGUAACGCCGUCAUCAGUCGAGCCGAUAUGGCGACCAGGAACAAUCUGCGUUUUAGAGCCGCUUCUCCUUUUCUGAAACUUUAAAACGCUUCAAAUCAGCGCAGUUGGAUGGUAAAGGAAUGCACCUCGGUCAACACACUGUUGGAAAAUAUACACGUGGACAAAUCUCUCCCGAUCGGAAGGAAAAAGGGUGUGUGAGGGUAGUAGAGAGGCUGAUUCUGCUGACUGAGGCGCCAUGGUGGAGCCAGGGGACAGGAAGGUUGCUGGCCAGAGGCUGGGGAUCCCAGAGAGUUUCGGGGUGUCUACCCUGGAACCAGGUCAGCGACCCCCAACCACGCCCCCAGGACGACAGGUCUCUAUCCGGGUACAGCUGCUGGACGACGUCACCGAGGUCUUUGACAUAUCACAACGAGCCCCAGCCAAGGCUCUGUUUGACCUGGUGUGUGUCCAUCUGAACCUGGCUGAAAGAGACUACUUCGGUCUCCAGUACCAGAACCCCAGGAGGAUGAUG